UUGUUUCAAAUAUCUGACAAGGCAUAAAACACAGCACAUUCCCUAUUCAAUAAACCGAAGCCUUUGCCAUAUUAACCUUUUUUACGUUUUAUAACCUAUUGCUCUUUUUUAUUAUAUUUGUAAUAUCUCAAAAUUUUACUUUUGCUUCAAUCUCCACAAACAUUCUUGAUAUUUCAAUCUUACGACCUACACUUAUUAUUUUAAUCUUGUUUAAAGAUGGGUAACCAGCUGUCUUUUUCUGUCACUGAGAGCGAGCUGAUGCGGGUGGAGGCUGGCAAGUCCAAUUUUGUAACAGUGGACCCGCGUGGCAAAGGAGACAUGAUCAUGAUAAUAUUUUUCUCAAUCAUUUACUGUUUCAGUUUUCUGGCAGUCGUGUAUAUGCUGCGCAACAAAAACUAUCCGCCAAUCAAGGCCAAAAAUCCGAUACUCAUGACUGUGAUGAUAGCAAUAUGUGCCAUAUGGUUUGUCGGCGACCUUCAGACUAACGGGCACGUGCCUUUGGCAAACACGCCAAUGACCAACUGCAAGCCUUUCGGGCUCUGGAUGCGCAUUCUAAUGGGUAUCUGCACUCUUUGCGCCUUGGUUACGUUGAGAGCGUAUGGCCUGUACCGCUCUUGGGCUGUAUCUGCCGUUCUUUUGUAUUGCGUAUGCAUGCUUGUCUACGGAAUUGUCGCGCAGGUCCUCAAACCCGAAAUAACAAUGCAGUACAUUGUGCCACUCGAUAUUUGCAACGUUCACCCAUCUUUCAAGGCGUCGUUGUUUUGGAUGAUUCGCAACAUCAAGAGUUCAUUUAACGAGAGCCGUGAAAUGCUGAUUAUUUGCUUUAUAAUAUUUGCUAACCUCAUAUUUGUCACAACCCUCAACUAUGUGCGCCCGCAACUUGCGUUGCUAGCCACAUCCCUGAAUCAUAUCGGAACACAUAUGCUGUGGUGGCUCAUAAUGGCAGUACCGAUGUACAACUACAGAUGGAUAAAUACACUGCGCAAGGAUGGUUUGCAAAAUGAGUACGACGUCAGCGCAAACACGGCCACUACCAACAACACUGGCAAACACUUCUGGCGGCAAAGGAGGCGCGUUUUACCCAAUGGAAAAUGGACAAUGGUGCAGAAUCCUCGUACGACCUAAACCAGCUUUUAUCAGCCUCCCAAUAGCAACAUGUAUGGAAACAGGGACAAUGCAUUUAGAUCAAACAUCAUUUAGCUAUCUACAGUUUACCAGAUAUUAAAAUAUGUAUUAAUAUAGUCGACAUGCAAACAAAA